AUGGCCGCGUGGGGAAGGAGGCGUCUGGGCCUGGGCAGUGGCGGUGGCGGCUCCCGAGAGAGGGAACCAACAUUAUUUGGUGAGCCUGUCCACAUCGUGCACGAGAUCUACAGUGGGGAAAAUGCCCAGGACCAGUUUGAGUAUGAGCUAGAACAGGCUCUGGAAACCCAGUACAAGUACAUUGUGAUCGAGCCCACCUGCAUCGGAGAUGAGACAGCCCGCUGGAUUACUGUGGGCAACUGCUUGCACAAGACGGCUGUGCUGGCAGGCACUGCCUGCCUCUUCACCCCGUUGGCACUGCCCUUGGAUUACUCCCACUACAUCUCCCUGCCCGCUGGUGUGCUGAGCCUGACCUGCUGCACUCUCUACGGGAUCUCCUGGCAGUUCGACCCUUGCUGCAAGUACCAGGUGGAGUACGACGCCUAUAAACUGUCCCGCCUGCCUCUGCACACGCUCACCUCCUCCACCCAGUGGUGCUGGUCCGGAAGGACGACCUGCACAGAAAGAGAUGCACAACACAAUAGCACUGGCCGCCCUGGUGUACUGUGUGAAGAAGGUUUAUGA